GUAUUUCGACUUUAGUCAACGAAUGGCACUGAUCGGGCGGAGUCCGGGCGUGUGUAGCCUACUCUGAUCUGCAAUUUGACACCGUUCCUACCUUGCAUCACAACGUGGCUCCCCUCACCACCUGUCAAGAAAGCUAUUUAAUUUGGGCUUGGAGAGGAGUCUGACACAAUCUGUGCUGUAUGACCACUGUAACGUGGCGAACUCGUCCUAUUUUCAGCUUUAUUUCAUGUAUCUAGACAGUUCAUCCGAGGCUUCUUUGUCCUGUGACCUCUGACCUUUUACCUACGACCUUAGCGAGAGCUGGGCCAUGGCUCUGAAGAAGCUGGUGAGGUUUGGGAAACAGCUCCUGCGGGUGAAGGUGGUGGACUGUAACGCGGAGGAAUCGCGCCUGGCCCGCUGCCUCAACACUUUCGAUCUCGUGGCCUUGGGUGUGGGCAGCACGCUUGGCGCCGGGGUGUACGUGCUGGCGGGGGCGGUGGCGCGUGAGAAUGCCGGGCCCGCCAUCGUCCUCUCCUUCUUCAUCGCCGCGCUGGCGUCCGUGCUGGCGGGGCUGUGCUAUGCAGAAUUCGGGGCGCGUGUCCCCAAGACGGGGUCGGCGUACCUGUACAGCUACGUGACAGUGGGCGAGCUCUGGGCCUUCAUCACUGGCUGGAACCUCAUCUUGUCUUACGUCAUAGGUACAUCCAGUGUGGCCCGAGCGUGGAGUGCCACAUUUGACGAACUUAUUGGGAGGCAGAUCGAGCAGUUUUGUCAUAAAUACAUGAGCAUGAAGGCCCCGGGUAUCCUGGCUGAGUACCCUGACGUGUUCGCUGUUUUGAUUAUCCUCACCCUGACAGGCUUGCUGGCCUUCGGUGUGAAGGAGUCAGCCAUGGUCAACAAGGUGUUCACCUGUAUCAACGUGCUGGUGCUGCUGUUCAUGGUCAUUUCUGGCCUGGUGAAGGGAACACUGAAGAACUGGCACUUGGUGCCUGAUGACAUCCUCAACGGCACCAACGCCUCCCUCAAUGGGUCGGAUCCAUUGCCACUGAAGGAGAGCCUGGGCCUGGGAGGAUUCAUGCCCUUUGGAUUCACGGGGGUCCUGUCAGGCGCGGCCACGUGCUUCUAUGCCUUUGUGGGGUUCGACUGCAUCGCCACCACAGGUGAAGAGGUGAAGAACCCUCAGAAGGCCAUUCCCAUCGGGAUCGUGGCAUCCCUCUUGAUCUGCUUCGUGGCAUAUUUUGGCGUGUCAGCCGCCCUCACAAUGAUGAUGCCCUACUACAUGCUGGACAAAAACAGCCCCUUACCUGUGGCUUUCAAGUACGUGGGCUGGGAGGGGGCAACCUACGCCGUGGCAGUUGGCUCCCUGUGUGCACUGUCUACAAGUCUCCUGGGUUCCAUGUUUCCCCUCCCCCGAAUUAUCUUUGCCAUGGCCAGAGACGGCCUGCUCUUCUCGUUUCUGGGGCGAGUGAGCGAGAGGAAGACGCCCAUCAUCUCCACCAUGGCGGCGGGGUUAAUGUCUGCGGUCAUGGCCUUCCUCUUUGACCUCAAGGACCUGGUUGACCUCAUGUCUAUCGGAACACUGUUGGCCUACACCCUGGUGGCUGCCUGUGUCCUUGUGCUCAGGUACCAGCCGGAGCAGCCGAACCAGGCGUACCAGAUGGCCAGCACGCAGGACGAGAUCGAGCUGAGCGAGUCCAUCGGCGCCCCCAGCACCAGCAUGCUGCCCGGGGUGGAGGAGCGCUUCAGUGCCAGGAACCUGCUCUUCCCGGCCAACACGGAGCCGUCCAACCUGUCUGGCUUCGCCGUCAACGUCUGCGCCGCCAGCCUAGGAUGCUUGAUUCUGGUAUUCUGUGUUCUGGCGGUUCAUGGUGGGGUGGUGCUGUGGAACAUGGCAGUGCUGAGCAUCCUGGCCAUAGCCUGCCUGUGUCUCACCCUCCUUAUCUGGAGGCAACCUGAAAGCAAAACCAAACUGUCCUUCAAGGUACCCUUUCUACCCUUGCUCCCUGUGAUCAGCAUGUUCGUCAACGUGUACCUGAUGAUGCAGCUGGACAGGGGCACCUGGGUCAGAUUCGCUUUCUGGAUGGCCAUAGGGUUUGUUAUAUACUUUGGCUAUGGGAUCCGACACAGUACAGAGGCCGCGCUGGCUCGCUCAGGCACCGAGGCCGACCUCAACGGGUACAAGCGGGCCUGCACGCUGAACGGGGACCCCAUCGCCCCCGAAAAAGAGGCCUUCUUCAGCGACGGGUGUGAAGCCGCGGAGGAGGACGAUGGAGAUUUGUGAGGAUCCAGGGGCUUGCUGCUGUAACUGCCACCAGCUCAACGAGUUUAACGUCAACUGCGACGCUUGCAUCAUAGGCCUGGCAUUUUUUCAUUUUCAUUAUUUAUAGAAAAAAGCUCUCUUGCAAAUGAAAGGGAACCCAGGCAAAGUAAGUUGGCUGGCCCAUGAGAGCUCUUCACAUAAAUAAGGAGAUGGGUGGGAUCUAUUCUCCUUGCGCUUGUGGCUGCUAAAUUGCCUGUGUGCUGCAGCACCCUGACAAGUGCUGUUGUUGGUGUCGCUUGUUUGUUUAUAUUUUCAGUUUGCAAGAACCCAAAAAUGAAAGCACUACUUUUCUUUACUGUGUAGGGGGAGGUGGCUAGGGCCAUUUUAAAACUGCAGCUUUUGCCAAUUUUCUGAUUUGUUUCUGUCUGAUCUGGAGGUCAGCAGCUUUGAACAAAACACUCAGCUCCUGAGUUAGCAUUUAUUUGGAGCAUAAUGGCUGCUGCAACCCAUUGACUUUGUGGCAUAUGCUUUCUUGUGGAAGCUUUUAGCAUUGCCCAGCUAUCUGUUCAGUGGAGUUACAUACCCCUUUUUGGGGUAUGGGUGAGGUACUGACCUCCUUUUCUAGUGAUCCUGAAAUACUGCCACACUCAAGUGUAUGAGUGACAAUACCCUUUAGAGACACUUUGCUUUAUAGCUCUUAUUGCAAUAAUGUACAGUGCAGAAUAAAAUCUGAGAAAGAAUUGUUUUAAAACGUGCAAAAAAGAAAAGAAAAUUAUCUGCCCAUGCGAUAGCUAGUUUGAUUGCUCUAACAAACUGAGACAUUCAAAAGAACACAGGUUAGAUGUGUUGACCUUAGAAUGGAACUGAAUAGCUUACAGACUCUGGUGGCCUCAUAGAAAGGAGCCCAACAGUAGGAUUCUGACAGGGUGAGCUGACAGUCCCUCUUUUAUACAGACCUGUUUAAUUUUAAACAGAAAUUAAUUAAUAUGAUAUGACAUUGGUGAGUGUUCAUUGGUUUCUGAUCCUUGGAGACUCCCCCCACCCCCACAGGGUAAUGGUUUGUUCCAUAACUUAGGCUUACUUGUAAUGUUGUUGGGAGGGGGGCUCUAAAUUAUAAUUAAAGAUAAUAAUAUAUUCCUCCACAAAUUUAUAUUCUACAGAUUUAAUAAAGUAUGUUUAGGAAAACUGGUCACCACAUUUUCAUAGUCAGCUAUCAUACACUUCAUGAGGGUGAGGGUAUAUAUUAGUAUUCUAUUUUUUUUUUACCAGAACUGAGAGAACUUUGCCAACCCCACUUGAAAAAUGUUGAGAUCGUAGCCCAGAAACACUUUCACCCUCUUUUACAAAGAUAAUCAUUAGUGCCACCUAGUGGUAUAGCCCAAAGAGAGGCCCUGUUUUCAGGGAGUUGCUGAGAUGAUACAACAUAUUGAGAACAGUGCUGGAUUCUGUCACUCAGUAAAGCCACACCACUUGGCUUGUGUUUUGUUGUUGCUGUUUUUGGAAAAAAGAACGUAACUUUUUUGUUUUUUCAAAUCAAUUCUUUCUCCAGUUGUGAAAUGCCGAGUUGUAACAAAACAAAAAGCAAUAUCAGCCACUUUUCUCACUUCUCACUCUACAGUCCAGUUGAGUAAGCACCAGCAUUGAGCCCGAGGUUGUUACAUGUGCAGUUUGUGCAAGGGAGUUCCUGGUGCACAAGGCAGCAAACAUGAUCCAAAUAUGUUCCAAGUGUGUUGAUUGUGUAGCAAUUGUGGUUUGAACAGGCGCAGUGCUAUAUUUUCUCCACAUUGUUGUAGAGGUCAUUGUGGACUUGUUCUUUGGCUGGUUGAAAAUCAAGGUAAUUUACAUCCCAAAUGAAGAUUCUUCUCUUAAAUCUCCAGUGUCAUGCUAGUAGUGUAUACAUUUCAUUGAUCAGGCUUCAUGUGAAAUUAGUAAAAAUAUGAAUUAAUUAUUUGUGUAUAAAUAUAUCUUGCUAUAUGCACAAGACAUUUUCUGUAAAUAAAAAUUUGUUUAUAUUUUCCUUGUGGUAAAUUAUUUGUAAAUUACAAACAUGCAUUUUUUUUUUUUUUUUUUUUUUAAAGCAGUUGUUUGUUAAAUGUCUUGAGAUUGUCAGUGCUGGUGAAUGGUCUGUGUCGAACGAAGGUGUCAGAAUCUAGUCCUGGAAAGUCCUAGACUUUGAUGUGUUUGAGCGCCAGUGAUCCCUUUAAUCUGCGGAUUGACUAAACAGUCCUCACACCAUGCUCUGAAGGCUUUAACUGGCUGCUAUAUGAAAGGAAAUCAUGAAAACAUGGUGACACUCUGACCCUCCACUGGACUGGAGUUUGGCACCCACCAUUUGCUGAGCCUUGACUUGGUACUUUGUCGCGUACCGAGUGUUCCAUGUAAAAAUAAUACUUAGACUGUUUGUGUGAGUAUUGUAUAAAGUAACUGCAUUUCUUACACAAACCUGGGAUGCACCAGGUCCCUGAAGGUUUGUACCUUCACCCUUUUGCACUAGUGUAAGAUAAAGUUGAUGUGUGGUACGUACACCCAUGCAACGUGAGAAAUAUCUUAUUUGAAGGAAGGUUAGGAUGUACCCCUGUACAACUCGCUGUGACAUCUUUACUUUCACGUGUGCCUUGAAUUUACAUAUCACAAUUAGGUCUAUUUUUCUAAGAAGAAAUGUGUUCACUGCUUUUGCUGCUCUUGAAAUAUGCACACCUGCCAAAGCUUUUAGACACCCUGUUUACAAAGUAAAUUUGUAGCCCACAUGGCAAUGUAGCUGACUGUGACACAACCGUCUCAUUCAGUUCAGCAUUCUGUAGUUUUGUACUUUUUGAUGGAAACAGCAAUAUUUAACUAGUGAUGUACCCAAGGAGAAUAUAUCAUGUUAUUUGUAUUUUUUUCAGAAUACAUGAAAGCAGCCUUGUUAUGAGUGACUUUGGCUAUAAUGUCUAGCCCAAUUCAGAUUUUUUUUUUUUUUCAAAUCUGAUCUGUUUAUGUCCAUCUGUCUGCACUAGCUCAUAUAAGUGAUUUGUAUGUGUGCCCAUGCGUUCAGACACGCUGCACUUUGAAAUGCCUCUCAACUGCAAAAUGAGAAGUUGUACGCAGGGAGAGAGAUGUACGAUGUAGAAAAAAGCACUUGAACGCAAAGAAAUCCAAUCAGUGUGUCGUCUUUGCACGUGUCACGUCUAGAGAUUUGGAACUGAAUCGCAAUGUAUUUUCGCUGUUUGUUCAAUGGAUGAAAAUUUUUGUUCCAUACCCGAGUCAGAUCUCUGUCAGGCAAUCAUAACAGUCUAAUCAUUGUGUAAAGUGUAUGUCAUCUACAUCAGUUUAAGUUUUACUCUGUUUUCUUGGACCAUUUCUAAUGUCAUAUCUUGGUGUCGUUGUAUUUGUACAUAAUGCUUAGAUAACACUUUACAUUGGAGUGCUGCCUAUAUGUAUAUAAAAUGAAUUAAUAAUAUGCCAUAGGUCAUAUAAUAACAUAUAGGCUCACGUAUACGCCCUUUUAUUAUCAUUAAGGAAAAAUGUAUGCUUUACAAGAUAUGCAAACAAUUACCAAUAAGUCAUUUUUUUUAAAUAUAUGGAACAAAAUAUUACUCAAAAGUAAUUUUUCUGCAAUGUAAAUAUCUGAAAGGUGUUACUUGUAUGUAAGUGGUGCUGUAAAUAAAUUCUUUCCAAGA